CGGGCUCUUUCCCCUCAUCAAUUGCGAGUGAAAGACAAGCCCCUCGCCCCUCACUCGUAUUCGUUGGACAGCGUUUCGUCUGUCACGCACGAUCAUGUUCUCAAGAGCAAUCCCUCGCGCUGUCCCGCGAAUAGGCCGCUUUGCCCAAUGCGAAGCCCGUCCGCAGGUGCUCAUCUUUGACAAACUCCCCUUGCGAGUAUGGCGACCUAUGCUGCAGCAAUGCGGGAGACGCCAGAAAUCCACCUUUGCCCAGCAGCUAAAAGAGCAAUACCACAAGAGUCCCAUCCUAUUCCCCAUCGCAGUCGGAAGUCUCCUGCUCGUUUCUGCAAUUGGCGUCUUCUUUAUCCCCUACUAUUACCAGAACUAUAUCAUCAGGCCAUACCACAACUUCCCCGAGCCCGUCGCGAAGAAGCUGCGCCGGGCCAUAUUCUACAGUCGUGGACGCAACAUGGACCUCCGGGAGGCGAACAAGUACUUCCGCCAGGCCCUACAGGUCGCGAAUGAGGUGGGCAUGGAUCCGUUCAGCGAUGAGAUCCUCGGAGUCAAGCUCGCAAUAUCCUACCUGUUUGAGCGGGCAGGGCACUACCAGCUGGCCUGCGAUGUGCUAGAGAUCAUGCGGGCAGAUUGUGAGCGCUUCAUCGAAGAAUUCGGCGACAAGCAUUGGGGCGAUGGCAUGCGGUCACGGAUACUGAAGAGAAUCGUGGAAUGCAACGUCAAGCUCGCGGAGCUCUACAACACCAAAUACGUGAAUGAGCCGGAGCAGGCGGAGAAGCGGCUCACAGAGGCGGUGGAGACCGCAUUGAGAGAAAAGAGCAGGCGGGAGCAAGACGGCGUGAAACAAGGGGAGGGCGAAUGGAUGACAGAUGAGGAAAUGGGCGGCACAAUGGAGUCUCUCGCCCACCACUACGAGCUGAAUAAUUCCCACUAUCUAGCCACGCCACUAUUCCUCCAAGCUCUGGCGCUGUGUCCGCCGAAAUCCUGUCAUGGCGUCGUACUAAUGAACAACAUCUCCACAUGUCUCGCCCAGCAGACGCCACCUCCAUCAUCGUCCACUUCCACAUCGACUUCAUUUCCGAACACCCCCCCACCAUCCAGAGCUGCUCUGGUAGACCAGGCUCGGAAAUGGGCGAACCAGGCGAUCGAGCGAGCCGCGGCCAUUGCUCCUCCAGAUAGAAACGAAGAAUGCGAUAUCGGAUGUGCCGUAGCCACGCAUAAUCUGGGAGAGUUUCUAGAAAUGGAAGGAAUGGCCAAGGAAGCCCAGCAGAAGUACGAGGAAGCCGCAUCGCUGGCCAAAGCAAUCGGAUAUGCGGAGGGUCAGGUCAAUGCAGUAGCUGGACUCAAGAGGCUGAAGGCUUUAGAAAAGUAGAUAAAUCCUCUGCUAGAAGCAUGGAUGGCUAGCUGUAUUGAAAAGUGU